UUAAUUCUCUCUGAUAUCUCACUCAUUUUCUCUCCCGUCCCUCACUGAUCUCUCUCUCGGCGCAACUCCAAAGCCCAAAAAGAGGUUGCCUACGGUCUAAUCGAGUCCCUAACCGGUCUCUAUCAACGACGAUCGAUAGCUGCAUCCCCAAACCCUUGAAAAGAGUCAAUGGCAGGGUCUGGGAGUUCCAUGUUAUGUUCUUUGCUUCUAUUCACUGUCAUUCUCUCACUUCAAGAAAUGUAUAGAGGGAAGUUAGCAUCGUCAGAGUUAUUCACCAUACUUGGAGGGUUCACCAGUUCCCUCUUAUUCCUAAUGUUGCUAACAUUCAUUGGAAAUUAUCAGGAAACGAUUGGCGUCAGGACUGGGUGGGGUGCUGUUAUAGUCGCAGAAACAGUUGCUCUUAUCGCUGCUAGCACUGUCCAUAGAGUUUGUAUCACAACAUGUUUCUUAUUCUCUGCUGGACUACUGUAUGAGACCAGCAAGCUUUCUGGGAUGAUGCUUUCGAAAAGUGAAUCUAAAACGAGAAGGCACUAAGUGGAACAUUGCAAUUCAAUAUAAUUGGCUGGUUCCCGUUGGAAUUUUUGUUACUUUUUUUUGUUUGAUACCUUUUAAUUUAUGUAUGGUGGUUUGAUGUAUUAGAUAAUGGAUAUGAACUAUGUUUUUGAAAAUCUUAUCUAUUAACUUUUACCUGGUAGCAGGGGCUUGAUGCCGGGUGAAGAAAUUGGAACCUA